CUGGUGAUAAUCUGUGCUGGAUCUGGUUUCACGCCACUGAGAGGGUUCAUUCAAGAGCGUGCAGUGCGGAAACGAGCAGGCGAAGACGUUGGGAAAAUCUUGCUUUUCGUGGGAUGCAGACCCCCUGGUGGAGAUUUUCUGUAUUCUGAUACGGAUUUAAAGGAGUGGGCGGGUAUUGGACUAGUGGAUGUUCGUGUGGCGUUCUCUCGGUGCGCGGAUAAAUCUCAAGGAUGCUGUUAUGUACAA